AAAAAAAAAACUAGACUAAUUUUUAUUUGUGUACUGUAUACAUUAUUUUCUAAAACAAAUGUCUAGACAUUAUAGUAUUUUAUAAACACUUACACAACACCAAAUGUUUGUCUUAACCCCGACUAAAAAGGACAUAUGUGUUGUUAAUGCUGGAUCACCGGUGGUUUUGUUAGUGUCUACCCUUAUUUGUAUGGAAAAACACUGCCAUAGCCCAUAAGGUAACUUAUAAGGACAUCAAAGCUUUUGGUGUUUGACUGCUUAAAUGUUCAGUCUCCAGAUUCCAGCACAUGCAUUUCUCGAAUACUUGACUAAUGGUGAAGCUAGCAUUUUUUAAUAACUUUGCCUUACCAAUCAUGGUGGUUGGCGGAAUUAAUCAUGGUGACGUGUGAAUAUUAGAGAGAUUGAUAACGAACUCCUCACAACAUCAUAUCUCAAGUUCACCACCCAAAAGAAAAAACACACACACAUCUUAGAGAGAUGAAAGAGACUAAUUUUGGCGAGAAAACGCGCGUUCUGGUAGUUGGUGGGACGGGAUCAUUGGGGAGGAGGAUUGUAAGUGCGUGUUUGGCUGAGGGACACGAGACUUAUGUUCUCCAGCGGCCGGAGAUUGGAGUGGACAUCGAGAAGGUGCAGCUACUUCUUUCUUUCAAAAGACUCGGCGCACAUCUUGUGGAAGGCUCAUUCUCCGAUCACCAAAGCCUUGUCUCUGCCGUAAAGCAAGUCGACGUGGUUGUCUCCGCCAUGUCCGGUGUCCACUUCCGCACCCACAACAUCCCCGUUCAGCUCAAGCUCGUCGCAGCCAUCAAAGAGGCCGGUAACGUCAAGCGUUUCUUACCAUCAGAAUUUGGAAUGGAUCCGUCACGUAUGGGACAUGCCAUGCCACCAGGAAGUGAAACAUUUGAUCAAAAAAUGGAAAUACGAAAUGCAAUUAAGGCCGCCGGGAUCUCCCACACAUACCUCGUCGGUGCUUGUUUUGCCGCAUACUUCGGCGGAAAUUUAUCUCAAAUGGGAACUUUGUUCCCUCCGAAAAACAAAGUUGAUAUUUAUGGGGACGGAAAUGUUAAAGUGGUGUUCGUAGAUGAAGAUGACAUGGCAAAAUAUACAGCGAAGACGCUUAAUGAUCCCCGAACGUUGAAUAAAACUGUGUAUGUUAGACCUACCGACAACAUUCUCACACAAAUGGAACUAGUUCAGAUAUGGGAGAAACUAACCGAAAAAGAGUUGGAGAAGACCUAUGUUUCAGGAAACGACUUUCUUGCUGACAUUGAAGAUAAGGAGAUAUCACACCAAGCGGGACUAGGACACUUUUAUCACAUAUACUACGAAGGUUGUCUCACAGAUCAUGAAGUUGGAGACGACGAAGAAGCUACUAAACUCUAUCCGGAUGUGAAGUACAAACGCAUGGAUGAAUAUUUGAAAAUUUUCGUAUAAUGUUACAUAUAUGUGAAACACAUCGCCAUUUCCUUAUUUUUAUGUUUUACCAUGGCCUUUUGUUUUGUUUGCUUGAAGAUGUUUUCCGAAUUUAUUUUAAAAUUUAAAUGUUUCAGUUAUGGAU